GAUAUAUUCUUUCAGCGAUGGAAGUCACAAUGGAAAACCUUGGCAACCUUCACGGCGUCUCGCACUCACAGACAGGGGACCUGAUGAGCUCCUCACACGCUCGGCAGUCCUCCGCCCCUUCUCACCGGAACCUAGUUUCUCACGCGCACGGCCGGUCGGCGAUGGUGUCCAGCAUGACCUCGAUACUGGAUGGUACCGGGGACUACCGGACAGACCCCUCGUCGCUCUCCGGCCACCUUCACCCGGCCAUGAGCAUGUGCGAGUCCGGGAUGAGCCUGAGCAACACCUACACCACCCUGACACCUCUCCAGCACCUACCUCCCAUAUCCACCGUCUCCGACAAGUUCCACCACCCACACUCCCACCACCACGCAGCCGCCCAACAGCGACUCUCUGCGGGGAAUGUCAGCGGGAGCUUCACGUUAAUGAGGGAUGACCACCGGGGGCUGGCGUCUAUGGGCAACCUAUACUGCCACUACCCCAAAGAUAUGUCCAGCAUGGGCCAUGGGUCCCUCUCCCCGCUGUCCAACGGCCUUGGCUCUUUGCACAACUCCCAGCAGACGCUCUCAGCCUACGGUCCAAGUGCUCACCUCUCCAAUGAUGCCAAGAUGCUCUCUCCCGUGACAGGCUUCGAGUCCCACGCCACUAUGCUGUCUCGGAGCGAGGAGCACAUUGCCAGAAGUUUAGGUGGCCAUGGACACGGCAUGAUCUCCAACCUCAACGGGAUGCACCAUACGCACAGCCACCUCCACUCCCAGGCCAAUGGGGCAGCGAUGCUGGCCGAGCGGGAGAGGCACGGUGCUGGGGCCGGCCAGGGAGGAGGGUCAGGCGGGCAGGCGGAGGAGAUCAACACUAAGGAGGUGGCUCUGCGGAUAACAGCGGAGCUGAAGCGCUACUCCAUCCCCCAGGCGAUUUUCGCACAGAGGAUCCUAUGUCGGUCCCAAGGAACCCUCUCAGAUCUCCUGCGGAACCCCAAGCCGUGGAGUAAACUCAAGUCUGGCAGAGAGACGUUCCGGAGGAUGUGGAAGUGGCUCCAGGAGCCCGAGUUUCAGCGGAUGUCUGCCCUUCGGUUGGCUGCCUGUAAGCGGAAGGAGCAGGACCAGGGUCGUGAAAGGAACCUGGUCCCCAAGAAACAGCGGCUGGUAUUCACCGACCUGCAGCGCCGCACGCUAGCGGCUAUCUUUAGGGAGAACCGCCGGCCCUCCAAGGAGAUGCAGAUCACCAUCAGCCAGCAGCUGGGCCUGGAGCUCUCCACCGUCUCAAAUUUCUUCAUGAAUGCACGGCGACGCUGCCACGACCGUUGGGGGUCCACCGGAGGCGUUGAGGGGAACGAGCACGGGGGUGUGCAUGGGAACGUGCAUGGGCACGGUCACAUGCACACUCAUGGGAACAACAACAACGCCGGUUCAUCCACGGCGCAACCGGGUACCUCCUCUGCUACCACCUUCUCCAAGGAAUGAGAGAGAAGGGAAGGGGGUGGGAGAGGAUGGAGGGGUUUGGAUCUAAAGCAGUGGUCACUGACCCUGGUGUGCAGGCUUUUUGUCCAGCUCAGCUGAUUCAACUCCUGGUCUUGAUGAAUAGUUGAUGAAUUGAAUCAGGUGUCUAUGACCAUUGGUCUGAACGUGUUCUCUUUUUGUGAUGGAUCUCACCUUUUACUCCAUUUUGUUUUGUCCAUCAGAAACCAAAGAGAAACCAACAGGUCUGAGAGCGGAAUGGUGUAUUGGUGUCCCAAAUUAUCCUCAGACCCUUAAGUUUGAGCAAAUCUGUCUCUAAAUCAAGCAAAUCUGCCCCCCCCCCCCCAAAAAAAAAACCAACAACAAAAAAAAACAAGACCAGGAGUCUAAAAUAGCUCAAAAAUAAGAUAGUCCCACAGAAUAGCUGUGUCUCCCUUUUUUUGGGAUUGAUAAAUCCACAAGCUCAAGUCUUUGACUAAUGGGCCAAGCAAAUACACCAAAGACAACCCCAUGGCAAUAGACCUGACUGCACAGCAGCAGUGGCCAUGUGUGUAAAACAGGCAAGGAUAAACAGUCAGACAUGUCCUCUCUUCUUCUGCUCAGUCAGAAAAACACACAUUUCACUGUGUGUUUGUGUGUAUGCUAUGUACUUGCAUGUGUGCUUGUGUGUGUGUGUAAUGUGUUUGUACAAUCACACUCCAGGAGUGUGGUUUCUCUGCAGCAAUCUGGUCUGCCAUGCAAGUGCAACAGUGCCACCUGCUGGUCGUUUCAGCACACUGUUGCGAGUGAGGAGGUAUCUGACUCCAUGCACACAUCUCAAUAGUCUAACUGUCUCCUUUCCUUCAUCUGCACUGAUAUAAAAUACCUAGAAAUGUGAAAGCCAAACACCAGGAGAACAAUCAUUACACUGCUUUCACCUAUUUUGCACUUUCAGGUCAGUGCAGAUGAAGAAGAGGUAACAUGGGGAGACAGACACACACACACACACACGCACACGCGUAUGCACAUGUGCAUACACACACACAGCCUGAACUGCUUUGUUUUGGGAACAGAGGACAUGUCCAAAGACUAUCAUCCAUAGUCAUAUUUUGAUUUUGAUUUGAUUUGACUAAGAUUCCAUAUUUUGUAUGGCUGUUAACUAUGUAGCUACUGGAGGGUAUGUUCAGGUACCGAAGAGUUUACAAUCAAAUGGGAAAAAUCUGGACCUUAUUGAGUGUUCUAUCGAGGUAACAGGAGGGGACUGCCCUGCUCUAGUGGCCAAACACAAGGGUCAAACGUCACAAUAUAAUUUGAGUGCCAA